AUGGAGUAUCGCAAGCCAAGGCCGAGUGGUCCGUUGGCAUGCGCACCCCCAAACCGAGAGAACGAUUUAUUAUGGGCUAUUUACGCUGAGAAAAUAGGUGCUGCAAAUAACCAGUUCGACCACCACUCCCCCAACAAGUUCCCUGGGCCUCAAUAUCAGAGCUUGAAGAAGUAUGCUCUUGGAUAUUUUCCGACGCUGCUGACGAGGUCUCGAAGCGAAAGGCCCUUGCCAAAUUUGCGGAGGGUGGCAACUGUUCUUCUGCACUCAAUAGAGUCCACAUGGCUAAUGGCUGUUCUGCUGGAUCACAGUGAUGUUAGGAGGGAAGUCAAUGGUUCGUCGUUCCUUGGGGUUCGACAAGCGUAUGCCCUGGCAAUUGUCCGAACGGUCAAUGGCCUUGUCGAUCCUAUCUAA